AUGGAAUCGGUUAUUGAAUCAUUCGGACAGGCGCCGUACAUUCGAUUUGGUCGAAAUCCCAAAACCGCCAUGAUGUCAACAUUGCGAACUGAAAAGACCUACACAAACGCUAAAGUUGGUCCAUGUGCUAAUAAGCAAGAAACCCGGAUUUUCACUAUCUUCCACCGUGAAUUGUUUUGCUGGACCGAUCGCUGGUACGGUCUGACCAUGGAGGAUAUACGUCGCCUCGAGGACAAAACAAAAGAGGAACUGGAGUUGGUGAGUAUCAUCCUUUUUAAUGUCAAAUCCUUCUCUGCCCUAACGGGCAAUUGUAACUGCGUGCGUGCGAGUAGAAAUUUGCCUUCUAUGCACACAUGGCUUUUGCGUGUGUGGAGAAAGUUGUAG